CAAGGAGGUGCCCGAGGGCGCCUCCGACCCAGACGUCUUGGCCUCUGCCAAGUCCUCGCCACCAUCGCCCCCGCCCCGAGUUCCCCAGGAUCCAGCCCACCGAGGGGGGCGAGGCACCCGCUCCGACCCCCGAAAGCUGGAGAAGCCUACCUGCCUCACUCAGGCGAGCGCGCACGAACCUGUCGGCCUGGGCUGCUCCUCCCCGCGCAGUUCCUCCGGACAGCCACAAAGUUUGUGCGGCGGGCCCGCGGCGGGCCCGGGGACGCGGGUGCCCGAGCGCCCACCCGGCCGGGCACGCACUGACAGGGAGGCGGAGGCGGCUCCGUCGGCCCAGGGCCCGACGCCCCCGCUCGCCUCGCGGCCCUCGCAGGAGGAUAGAGAGGACAAGCGAGACAAGAAACGUACCAAAGAGUUAAGUAAGAUCUUGGCCACUGUAGUGCGACAGCCAGGAGAGAGAGAGGCUAGGUUAGAUAGGAACCUGGGGGACGAAAAGAAACCUCUAGUGAGCCGUGACCAGUGUGCAUACUGCAAGGAAAUAGGACACUGGGUCAGGAACUGCCCGAAAAAAAGGGGGCAGAUGAGAGGACCCCGAAGACCAGAACAAGUAUUGUCCCUACAGGAUGAAGAUUAGGGCAGUCAGGGCCAGGAGCCCCCCCCUGAGCCCCGGGUAACCCUUCAAGUGGGGGGCCAGCCAGUAACCUUCCUGGUUGAUACUGGCGCCCAGCAUUCGGUCCUAACCCGAGCAGGAGGUCCCCUGAGUUCUAAGACAUCCUUGGUGCAGGGGGCCACAGGGGGAAAAUUGUACUGAUGGACAACUGAGCGAAAAGUACACCUCGGAACGGGGCUAGUCACCCACUCGUUCCUCCUAAUUCCAGACUGUCCCUAUCCAUUGUUAGGGAGGGACCUCCUCUCAAAGGUAGGGGCCCAGAUUUAUUUCCAAGGAAAAGGGGCCUCCGUCAGAGGACCCCAAGGACAGCCCCUCCAAGUCCUAACCUUACGCCUGGAGGAUAAACACCGGUUACAUGAAAGCCCUCAGUCAGCUCAGAUCGACCCCCAAUGGUUAUCAGAUUAUCCCCAGGCUUGGGCGGAGACUGCAGGAAUGGGACUAGCUAUGAACCAGCCUCCCGUGGUUAUUGGACUUAAAGCUUCGGCUACCCCGGUAAUGAUACGCCAGUAUCCAUUAAGCAGGGAAGCCAAAAAUGGAAUUAGGCCACAUAUACAAAGACUGCUCCAAUUGGGUAUCCUAAAACCAUGUCAAUCUCCAUGGAAUACCCCCUUAUUGCCCGUCAAAAAGCCUGGGAUGGGAGACUACCGUCCAGUACAGGACUUGAGGGAAGUGAAUCGGAGGACAGAGGACAUACAUCCCACGGUGCCUAAUCCCUACAACUUACUAAGUAUGCUGCCCCCAAACCACACAUGGUAUACAGUGCUAGAUUUAAAGGAUGCUUUCUUUUGCAUAAGGCUAAGCCCUCAGAGUCAAUCGAUCCUUGCUUUUGAAUGGAGAGAUCCAGAAUCAGGUUUUUCAGGACAGCUCACAUGGACGAGAUUGCCACAAGGAUUUAAAAACUCCCCGACCCUGUUUGACGAGGCUCUACAUCAGGACCUGGCCGACUUCAGAGUCAAUCGUCCCCAAUUCACUCUUCUACAGUAUGUAGAUGAUCUACUCCUAGCAGCUGAGACUCGAGAUGACUGUCUGAAAGGUACUGGGGCCCUUUUAAAGAGACUGGGGGAGUUGGGGUAUAGAGCCUCAGCCAAAAAGGCCCAAAUCUGUGUCCAACAAGUGACCUAUCUAGGCUACAAGCUGGAAGGAGGGCAGAGGUGGCUAACAGAGAGCCGCAAACAAGCCAUUACCCAGAUCCCUCCGCCCACAAGUGCGCGAGCACUGAGGGAGUUCUUAGGAAGUGCUGGAUUCUGUCGCUUGUGGAUACCAGGGUUUGCUGAACUGGCAGCCCCUCUGUACCCCCUUACCAAGGCAAAUACCCCAUUCCGAUGGGAAAGGGAACAACAACAGGCUUUCGAUCAAAUUAAAAAGGCCUUAUUAUCAGCUCCGGCCUUGGGCCUCCCAGAUGUGAACAAGCCAUUCACUUUAUAUGUGGAUGAGCGACAGGGAAUUGCGAAAGGAGUUCUGACCCAAAAAUUGGGACCCUGGAAAAGACCGGUGGCCUAUUUUUCAAAGAAACUGGACAGUGUGGCUUCAGGAUGGCCACCAUGUCUCCGGAUCAUUGCAGCUGUGGCCGUGUUGGUAAAAGACUCUGAUAAACUAACCUUGGGACAGCCCUUAACGGUGAGGGCCCCCCAUGACAUAGAGACAGUUAUUCGCCAGCCCCCUGACCGUUGGCUUUCCAAUGCCCGGAUCACCCAUUACCAAACAAUGCUGUUAAAUCCCGACCGAAUCCGGUUCGGGGCCGCAGUCUCUCUCAACCCAGCAACUCUACUUCCGGACUCAGGCCCUCACCUCUCCAUCGAACAUGAUUGUCAUCAAAUCCUGGCAGAGGUGCACGGGACCCGAGAGGACUUGACCGACCAGCCCCUACCAGAUGCUGAACACACCUGGUAUACGGAUGGAAGCAGUUUUCUGCAUAACGGUGAGCGGAAGGCUGGGGCAGCAGUAGUAGAUGGGACCACAGUCAUCUGGGCAUCAGCCCUAGAGCCUGGGACAUCAGCACAGAGGGCCGAACUCAUCGCCCUGACACAGGCGUUGACAGAAGCCCGGGGGAAAAAAGUCAACAUUUAUACAGACAGUCGGUAUGCUUUUGCUACCGCACAUGUCCAUGGAGAGAUUUAUAGGAGGCGAGGCUUAUUAACCUCGGCAGGAAAAGACAUUAAAAAUAAAAAGGAAAUCCUAGACCUCCUACAAGCCCUCUUCCUACCUAAGAAGGUGAGCAUCAUCCAUUGCCCAGGUCACCAAGUGGGGAGGGACCCUGCAGCAGAAGGGAACAGGAUGGCGGAUGAAACUGCUAAGGCGGUGGCCUUACAAAACCAAACCCUUGCCUUAGCCACAUCACGGGAAAGACAGCCAAAUAAACAACCCCUCUUACAGUAUUCAGACCAGGAUGUGGAAACAGCCAAAAAGCUAAAGGCAACCUUUAAUAAUUCGACUGGGACGUGGGAAUAUGAAAACAGGACUAUAUUGCCCCGCAAGUAUGCGAGAAGGCUGGUUACUUACUUUACUUACUUACACAGGUGGACCCACUUGGGUUACAAAAAGUUGGAGACUCUUUUACGGAGGGAGGAGCAGUCUCAUUACAUUCCAGAUCUGCCGGGCAUAAUUAAACAGGUCAUAGACUCUUGUGUUUCCUGCGCCAAGGUCAAUGCGGGCCGAUUCCAAGCGCCCGCUGGAGUCAGAAUGAGAGGAGAACGACCUGGCACCAACUGGGAGGUCGAUUUCACUGAAAUUAAGCCUGGCAAGUAUGGAGCUAAGUAUCUCCUAGUCUUUGUGGAUACCUUCUCCGGCUGGACAGAAGCUUUCCCCACUAAACAAGAGACUGCACAAGUGGUAGUCAAAAAGAUUUUGGAAGAGAUUUUCCCUCGAUUCGGGCUCCCUAAGGUAAUAGGGUCAGAUAAUGGCCCUGCUUUCGUCUCCCAGGCACGACUGCGAGCUCUACAACUCAUCCAGAGACAAGUGUGGAAGCCGCUGGCCUCCGUCUACAGCGUGGGGAGCUCCGCAGUCCCACAUCCCUUCCAGAUCGGCGACGAGGUGUACGUGAGGAGGCACCAGUCCAAGACCCUCGAGCCGCGGUGGAAGGGCCCGUACAUCGUGCUGCUGACCACACCCACUGCGCUAAAGGUAGACGGGAUCACCGCCUGGAUCCACGCCUCCCACGUCAAGCGAGCGCCGCCUGGAGACAAGAAGGAUCCCUCGGAGCCAGCGAGAUGGAAGGUGCAGCGCACUCAAAACCCCCUCAAGAUAAGACUCUUAAAAACUGUUUAA